AUCGGAAAAACGACCAAGUCUACUUUUACUCGGACGGCUAAUUCUACGUCUGAUUUUGAACGGAGGUGAUGCCCUCCUUUUGUAUAUGAGGCUUUAUCGUAUUGAUAUAAAUAAUUUAUGCUAAGUGCAUUACUUGGCAUAUUUUCAACGAUAAGUCUUAAAGCCCACGCACUACCCCACUGCGCACGCAGCACUCCACAAUACGCAGCACGCCCCUCUUGGAGCUUUGAAGGACUCACAAUCCUAGGUUUCACUCGCUUCUCAACCUCAGCGAUGUGGGUUUUUUCGUUUUCAUGAAAUUGAGGAACUCAGCUUGUCGGCAACCUCCAAUUUCAAUGGGAGACUACAGUGAUGCUAAUUAUGUCGAUAUCAAUGAAGUGCCUUCUUCUCCUAGGUCAUCCGACUUUAAGAAAGUAUCACUUUUACCUCUUAUUUUUCUUAUCUUCUAUGAGGUUUCCGGAGGUCCAUUUGGGGUUGAGGACAGUGUCCAAGCAGCUGGUCCACUGUUGGCUCUUCUUGGCUUCUUGUUCUUUCCCAUAAUAUGGAGUGUACCUGAGGCAUUAAUUACAGCUGAGAUGGGAACCAUGUUUCCGGAAAAUGGAGGUUAUGUUGUGUGGGUUUCGUCUGCAUUGGGUCCCUAUUGGGGAUUCCAGCAAGGAUGGAUGAAAUGGCUAAGUGGGGUCAUUGAUAAUGCCCUUUACCCAGUUCUUUUUCUUGAUUAUUUGAAGUCUGGAAUUCCAGCAUUAGGUGGUGGCUUGCCAAGAGCUACAGCAGCUCUAGUUUUGACGUUUGUGCUCACUUACAUGAAUUAUAGAGGCUUGACAAUCGUGGGUUGGGUUGCCGUUCUUUUAGGGAUCUUUUCAAUUCUUCCUUUUGUGGUUAUGGGACUAGUGGCAUUGCCAAAGUUGGAUCCUUCAAGAUGGUUUGUGGUGAAUUUGCGUGAUGUUGACUGGAAUUUGUAUUUGAACACCCUCUUUUGGAAUUUAAAUUAUUGGGACUCAAUUAGUACACUUGCUGGGGAGGUGGAUAACCCAAAGAAAACACUACCUAAAGCUCUUUUUUAUGCUUUGAUAUUGGUUGUUCUUAGUUAUUUCUUCCCACUAUUGGCUGGCACUGGUGCCGUCCCACUCAACCGUGAUUUGUGGACUGAUGGGUAUUUCUCAGAUAUUGCUAAAAUACUUGGGGGAGUUUGGUUGAGAUGGUGGAUCCAAGGAGCUGCAGCUAUGUCAAAUAUGGGAAUGUUUAUAGCUGAAAUGAGCAGUGACUCUUUCCAGCUUUUGGGUAUGGCUGAACGAGGAAUGCUGCCCGAGUUCUUUGCUAAGAGAUCCCAUUUUGGAACACCUCAUAUUGGGAUUUUGUUUUCAGCUUUUGGAGUGAUUUUGCUAUCAUGGCUAAGCUUUCAAGAGAUUGUAGCAGCAGAGAAUUUCUUAUAUUGUUUUGGAAUGAUAUUGGAGUUUACAGCAUUUGUACGACUAAGGAUAAAAUACCCAGCUGCAUCUCGGCCUUACAAGGUUCCUGUGGGAACGAUUGGGGCCAUUCUUAUGUGCAUUCCUCCAACCAUAUUGAUUUGUGUUGUUUUAGCUCUCUCCACAUUCAAAGUAAUGGUUGUAAGCCUCAUUGCUGUGGCAAUUGGCCUUGUGCUGCAGCCCUGUCUCAAGUAUGUUGAGAAAAAGAGGUGGAUGAAGUUCUCUGUCAGUGCUGACCUGCCAGACCUUUAUAUUGCUAAUCAGGAUAGCAUUUAUUCCUGGCUAGAUUAACCAACACUUGCCUGCAUGCUGGUGCUUAAAUGUCAAGACCAAAAACCCGUAUGCUGUUGCUUUUCUAUUUGGAAACUUGAUUAUGUUUAUUACAAUAUAGAGCAGCUUUGUUUUAUAAAUCUUAUGGUCUUGUUAAAACAUUGAGGGCAUCUUCGUGUUCUAUAAGCAUAUUGGUUUCCUUGCA